GCACAGGAACAUUCCUUCCCAGGGACCUAGGAAAUAAGGAGGCAUAUUAAAAUAAAACUAGAGUCCAGAAGGUCAGGAGAUCUCCUGUUCAGGGGAAAUCUGUCCUUGCACGUGAUCUGGGCGUCUACACCCGGAGCGACUCUGGCUUCCUCCCCACCCCCGGGGCCUGUGGGUCCCAGCGGCGCCUUAGCUCUAGCCUAGCCUCCCGGGUCAGUGGCCGCUGCUCGCCAUGGCGUUGCUGGCCACCUUCCUCUGCUGCCUGCUGGCUGCCUGGCUCUGCGACCCGGGUCUCGGGGUGCCCCUGGCGCCCUCCGGUCGCGCUCCAGCUGUGGGGCAGUUUUGGCAUGUGACUGACUUGCAUCUGGAUCCUACUUACCACAUUACAGACGACCACACCAAGGUGUGUGCUUCCUCUAAAGGUGCAAAUGCCUCCAAUCCUGGCCCUUUUGGAGAUGUCCUGUGUGACUCUCCAUAUCAACUCAUUUUGUCAGCAUUUGAUUUUAUUAAGAAUUCAGGACAAGAAGCAUCUUUCAUGAUAUGGACAGGGGAUAGCCCGCCUCAUGUCCCCGUACCUGAGCUCUCAACAGGCACUGUUAUAAAGGUGAUCACUAACAUGACCAUGACAGUACAGAACCUUUUUCCAAACCUCCAGGUGUUUCCUGCACUGGGGAAUCAUGACUACUGGCCACAGGACCAGCUGCCAAUAGCCACCAGCAAGGUCUACAGUGCUGUAGCCGACCUCUGGAAACAGUGGCUGGAUGAAGACGCCGUUAGCACAUUAAGGAAAGGUGGCUUUUACUCACAGAAAGUUACCAGCAAUCCAGACUUGAGGAUCAUUAGCCUAAACACGAACCUCUACUAUGGCCCAAAUGUCAUGACACUGAACAAGACAGACCCAGCAAACCAGUUUGAAUGGCUGGAAAAUACCCUCAACAGCUCUCUGCAGCAUAAGGAGAAGGUGUACAUCAUAGCGCACGUUCCAGUGGGCUAUCUUCCUUAUGCAACGGCUACCCCAGCAGUGAGGCAGUACUAUAACGAGAAACUGGUGGAGAUUUUUAGAAAAUACAGCUCUGUCAUCGCGGGGCAGUUCUACGGCCACACCCACAGAGACAGCCUUAUGGUUCUCUCGGAUAAAAACGGAAGUCCAAUAAAUUCAGCAUUUGUGGCACCUGCUGUUACUCCAGUGAAAGGUGUUUUACAAAAAGAGACAAACAAUCCUGGUGUCCGACUCUUUCAGUACAAACCUGGUGAUUAUACAUUGCUGGACAUGUUGCAGUAUUAUUUGAACUUAACAGAAGCAAACCUAAAAGGAGAAUCCAACUGGACCUUGGAGUACACACUGACUCAGGCCUACGGCAUUGCAGAUCUACAGCCGAGGAACUUACAUGGAUUGGCUAAACAAUUUGCUACCAUAGACAGCAAAGAAUUCCUGAAAUACUACCAUUACUUCUUUGUGAGUUUUGACAGCAGUGUGACUUGUGAUGAAAAAUGCAAGACCCUACAGAUUUGUGCAAUUAUGAAUCUUGAUAGUGUUUCCUAUCAUGAUUGUCUUAAACAACAUUUCAUGAAGCACAGCCACUAAUAUUUUCAGUCAUCUCAUAGGAAAAAAAUCAUGUCACGGUGCUUCAGCGAUCAUUUUGGGAAUUACUGACUCAAGUCAGAAGAGUCACUCUCUGUGCUUUAUUUGUGAGUCUCAGAUCCUGACAUCAGUAACAUUCAAAACUUUUAUACAUUGAAUACAUAUACAUUUUUCAUAAGAUAGUAAUAUCUGGACAUGAAUACCUUGUCUUCCAAUUAUGUACACUGAUACCUAACUUAUGCCCUUGUAAAAAUUGUCAUCUAUGUAAUAAAGCAGGUGACUUCUC